UUUUUUUUUUUUUAUUGCUUAGAUGUGUGGACGAGCUCACAGCCCACCUGGUGUUAAGUGGUUACUGGAGCCCAUAGACAUCUACAACGUAAAUGCGCCACACACCUUGAGAUAUAGUUCUAAGGUCUCAGUAUAGUCACAACGGCUGACCCACCCUUCAAACCGAAACGCAUUACUGCUUCACGGCAGAAAUAGGCGGGGCGGUGGUACCUACCCAUGCGGACUCACAAAAGGUCCCACCACUAGUAAUUACGCAAAUUAAAAUUUUUGCGGGUUUAAUUUUUAUUGCACGAUGUUAUUCCUUCACCGUGGAAGUCAAUCGUGAACAUUUGUUGAGUACGUAUUUCAUUAGAAAAAUUGGUACCCGCCAGCGAGAUUCGAACACCGGUGCAUCGGUCGAUACGAAUGCACCGGACGUCUUAUCCUUUAGGCCACGACGACUUCAAAAUACUUCGUAUUCAACGGGAAUGGUGGCAGGUGGUGGUGAAUGGUUGGAUGGUCACGUAGUGAGACGCGGCCACGAUAAGAGAGCUUUUCCAAAGAAGCGUUCUGACGCUGUCUUCGGAUACUUAUGUACGUAUAGAUUCUAAUUGUAGGUCAUUAUGAAGAGCUAUUGUACAUUACUUCUUACACACCAAUAUACUAAAAUACACUUAAUAAAUGAACAGAUUAUAGGGUCGUGUGAUGUCUAAACGUAACUAAACUAAAUGCAAUUUUAAUCAUGUCCGACAAAUUAAAAUACAAUCUGUCACCAGCAAUUUAAAUAAAGAAAUAAAUUGCGGCUCUGUAUGAGAGGGAGUUUCUUCAUCACGAGUGUGCCUCCUGAAUAUUAUUUGUUAGAAUAAGUAUGUAGUAUGUUUGAAUCAAUUCUCAUACCAUAGCUGAACGAUUAAUGAAUCAAGCGGCAUUAUGUCCGCGACGAUGUUUUCUGAAAUAAGCGAAUGACCUCUUAAACGAGUGUGCGAUGAAUUUUCGAACUAAAUGCCCAAUAACCAAACCGGAUUUCAGUUUUGUGAUUAAGAUAGAAACAAAUUGUUCAGUUUGCAUAACGCACACGUGUAGAUCGACUCUGUGCAUUUCGUAUUAGAUAUGUGUCGUUCGCGAACGAACGAGUCAAACGACCCGGGUCUCAAAUUCCGCGCGAACAAUAGGGUCACUUCAAAAAAUAUGAGCCGUUCACUAAAUCGACUCGUUUAACACAAAACCUACGAAUCAGAAGAAAAGAACCAUACGAGUACGACGGUCAUUCGGGUUAUUUCGGGUUGCCACGUCUCGCCCCGCGCCCGUCUCGCUUAGUCGUUCGUUCGACUGAACGGGUCGUACGAACCGGAUCAUUUUGUCAACAGGUCAGUACUGAUCUGAAUCUCUAAAAUUGAACGAACGACACAUAUCUAUUUCGUAUGUGGAAUCAAAGAAAUGAAAAUGAUGUAAAAUAUUACAAACCCAUUUGCUCAAAUCAUGUAAAUUUAUAUAAUUAGUUUGUGUCCAAUCUAAAUUCAACAUAAUUUAAUCGGAAAUUAUAUUUAAAAGAAAGUGAAACUGGUCGGUCAUUAACAAAAACAUCUAAAGGUCACUUUCACUGACACCGAAACUGACUCAAAAGUGUUACGAAGGAUUCCUCAUAUUUACAAGAAUGGAUAAUAAUUAUUGAAGUAAUGUUUUAAUUUGUCGAAGCAACUGAUACAAACAGGACGUCGCUACUACCUCCUAUAAAACACAAUACAACUUUGGCAAAACGACAAUCAGUGAAAAGGCUUCAAAAUGAACGCAGGUGUCUUCGCCUUCUUCUUUAUCCUCGUCGGGAGCGGUCAAUGGCAAUUAAUGUCAUGUCAUCGAGUACACUCGUCGGAUUACUUCGAUCCAAGCGCCUACAUCGAAGAUUGGACAUUAGACAAUGAAAAUGAAACACUUCAUUUGCCUUCGUCAUACCUCCACAGCUUCGGAUAUAAUCACUCGUGGAAUGGUUACAGUAGCAAUGAAGAUGGCGCAAAAUUGCGUUAUUAUUUCGGUUCAAGGAGCGAUUAUAAGGAAUGGCCCUUGUCAGAAGCUCAUAAAAUUUUUUCAUACAGUUGGUACGAUCCCAGUAAGCCAACCGUGAUUUUCACUCACGGUUUCACAGGUUUUCCCGAAGGUUUAGCGGUAGUUUCGGUAGUCGGUUUCUUCAUAGAAGAAGGCAAGAGUAAUGUGAUACUUUUGAAUUGGCAACAUCUCGCUGCCCACGUGUAUCCCAGCUUCGUGAAUUCAUACUUGAAUUGGGCCGCACCAAACGCAAUAAAGGUUGGAGCGGAGUUUGCGGAAACUCUGUUGAACUUGUCAAAGACGGGACUAGAUUUGGGAAAGACCCACUUAGUUGGACAUUCUCUUGGAGCGCAUAUCUUCGGGAUUGCUGGCAAUAGGAUUUCGGAGAGAGGGGUGCAGUUACCUUGGAUUACAGGAUUGGAUCCAUCCAGUGCAGUGUUUGAUAUGAAACCUGCUCAUAUGAAACUGAACCCAAACUCUGCGCGGUACGUGUCAGUAGUACAUUCUGAUCCGAGUAAAUACGGCAGCAGUAAAGAGCUUGGCCUUGUGAAUUUUUGGCCCAACUACAGAAACCGUGGGCCAGUUUUACAACCUGGAUGCCCAGCCGGUCGGUAUGCUAGAUUCUCCAGUGAAGAUUUAUGCAGUCACCAUCGAUGUUGGCAACUCCUAAUAGACUCGUACAAAUAUCGUGGAACUCUGAUUGGUAGUUACGCUAGAAGCUUUAGGAUAUGGAAAAAUUAUUCGAAGGAUGAACGAAAUGCUGACGUUUUAGGAUUGGAGACCUAUAAUCCCGUAGCUUUUUUUGUUUGUAGGAAACCUGGAAACUAUUAUUUAAUAACGGCUGGAAAAUCUCCAUAUGGAUUGGGAGAAGAUGGAUUAUGACUAAUUGAAUUUCAAAAGGCCUAUUUUUCUAUAUUUAUAACACUGUGAUAUGAGAAAUAAAUAUUUAAAUUUACACACAAAA